CACCGGGCGGGGCGGGGCGGGCGCGGGCGGAGCGAUGUCCCCCGCAGUGCAUUGUGGGAAACUCCCAGUCCUGCAGCCGCCGCGCCCGCGCGCCCAGGUCCUCGGGACGCCAGAGCCGGGAGCGUCUGCGGAGCCGCCACCGCCGCCGCCGCCGCUGCCCCAUAGAAUGCCCAGGGCUGAGCUGUGAGCGCCGCCACUGCCCACCCGCCAUGGAGUCCCGAGGGAAGCCGGCCAGCACCCCCAAGCCCGAAGCCAAAGCCCCCCCAGCCGCCGACACGAAGGCCCCAGCGAGCAAGCCGGGGAAGAAGGAGGAGCCGCCGGCAGCCCCCGCCCCACUGCCCGCCAAGAAGAGCCCCGCCAAGGCGGACCCCGUCCUCCUCAACAACCACAGCAACCUGAAGCCGGGCCCCGCUGCCCCCAGCACCCCCGAGGCCACCCCCGAGCCCAAGGGGCCUGGGGACGGGGCCGAGGAGGAGGAGGCCGGCCGGGGGGCCCGAGGCCCCUGCCCUCUGGAGAACUUGACGCCGCUGCUGGUGGCCGGGGGUGUGGCCGUGGCUGCGGCUGCCCUGGUCCUGGGAGUGGUCCUGCUGGUGGCCCGGAAAAAGUGACGGCCGGGGCCUGAUGGGCAUAGCCCCAUCCUGUACAGACCUGGGGUUCUAGUGCAUGCGAGCCCGCCCCAGCUCUCCGUCCACCCCCUCAUAUAUAGAAGCUGAUCCCGGCGACCAUGGACCAGUCUCCCACUGGGCUACCCCCAGCUUCCCUCUCGGUCCCCAGGCAGCUGCACUCGGGCUGGGGCCAGUCUCCCCACUAAGGCUCUGCUGAGAGCAGGGGACCACCGGGCGCGGCUCCGCCCUCACCCCACCACUGCGGCCCCCAGCCCAGGGUCACUCACUCCGCUUGCACCUGCUGCCCCGACCCACACCCAGACCCUGGUCCCAGGGCUCAGCCAGAGCCCACGGGGGGGCUGCCCAGCCCCGGGCGCCCCCCCGCCCACACCCAGCCUCCUUAGCGUCCCAAGCGUAUAAAUGCAAUAACAGGUAGAGUAGAGCCGAGAGGUGCCAGCGCCCUCUGUCCACCGCCCCGCGCCCUCCACCGUGUGCCUGGAACGACCGGGGAAGAGCGGCAGGCUCGAGGGAUGCUGUGUCGGAAAUAAACUCCUGUCCACAGGC